AUGUCCAUCCUUUUGCGUUCAAGACUUGAUGCCACCUCUGAGGAUUAUUUCAAUGAGCUCUACCGUCAGUACGGUUGCAUUCCAGACCAUCAUCAAUAAGCUAUUCUCCUUCGUAAUGCCUAUUUCACCAGAUAUAUCUUGGAAAAGAACCCCGGAGACUUCAAAACUGCCAUUGAAAAGGACUGGUCUUAUGUUGCAAGAAGAGAAUAUAGAUAUGAUGUGAAUGUUAGAGCAGCUGUUGACGCCUUCGCAGUAGCUGAUUGCGCCUGCAUCGUCAGAAUGUUCAUGGUUAAAAAGUUCAUUAUCUGGCCAUUCGUCCCUGUUUUCGCUUUUACAUACCUUUACAGAGCCAGAUCACUCUUCAUUUUCCACAACAAGAAAUUUUUCGAUAUGUGCAAUGUUGGAGAGCAAUACGAACUUGGUUAUGCCAGAAAUGUAGUAUUGAGAAAAUGCAAUGAACUCUUGGACAGAGAAGAUUUCUGA